AUGGCAUCUACUACUGGAUACAAGGGCAAUUUUCACGAAGGGUCUUCAGCAAUUGCAUCAGAUUCAGAAACAGAUGUCAUUGACAAAAGUAUAGAGACACACAAACCCUUGAGAAGGUCAUCUUCUUUAUUUUCUCUCUCUUCAAAAGAAGAUAUCCCCAAGCCAGAACAAGUUGAAUAUUUGAAAUUCAUCAAUGAUGAUAGACACUUUAGUUUGAUCAGAAACCUUCAUAUGGCAGACUUUAUAACUUUACUUAAUGGGUUCAGUGGAUUCUACGCUAUCAUAUCUUGUUUGAGGUAUACAUUAACCGGGAACUCAACCUAUGUACAAAGAGCACAUUUUUUCAUAGUGUUGGGUCUAUUUUUUGAUUUUUUCGAUGGAAGAGUUGCUAGAUUAAGAAACAAAUCGUCAUUAAUGGGACAAGAAUUGGAUUCUUUGGCUGAUUUGAUAAGUUUUGGUGUUGGCCCUGCAACAAUUGCAUUUGCCAUUGGCUUUCGGUCUACAGUCGACGUCUUGUUAUUGACAUUCUGGGUUCUUUGCGGGUUGACCAGAUUAGCAAGGUUCAAUAUCUCAGUGAAUAACAUCCCAAAGGAUAAAAGUGGGAAAUCUCAGUACUUUGAAGGCUUGCCUAUCCCUAGUAAUUUAUUCUGGGUUGCAUUUAUGGCGUUGUUGGUCUACAAAAAUUGGAUACACAAGGACUUGCCUUUGGGUGUUAUUUUCAAAGGAACACCGUUUGAGUUCCAUUUAGUAGCCAUUGGGUUCGUAUUACAAGGAUGUGCAAACAUCUCUAAAUCUUUAAAGAUCCCCAAACCAUAA